CAGCCCUCCCUCUCUCUCUCUCUCUCUCUCUCCCUGUCUAUUCUGUACAUACCCAGCCAAGCCUCACAAUGCUGCAUUUACUAAAGCAAGUGGCUUGGAAAUUCACUGCGAUGUCGCUGUUCCCAGACCACCCUCCCUGUGUUGGACUCGCUCUGUGAAGCGGUGCAGCGCUCAGACAGCGCUGAUGGCAGAUCGGGGCACGUGGACUGUGCCAGAGGAAAAGGCGAGAUCACCUGUUUGGGAAAUCUAGAACAACAGCGGACAAAAAGGAAGGAGGGACAGGCAGGUGGAAGCUUAGGUCUGCUGUGUCCACCCACCCCUUACUCUAUUAUAUACCCACACGAGACACACACUCUCUCUCUCUCUCUCUCUCUCUCUCUCUUUCUCUCUCUCUCACUCCUUGCCUCUCCCUUUCUUCCCAUUUGUCUCCCCCACUCUCUGAUGCUGGUGUGGUGAACCGCAGGACACUCUCCGCUGAGCUGCAUGGAGGCACAGGGAGGGGCGGGGAGCCCAGAGCCCAAUAAAGACAUCCAGAAGCUGCUGAAGCCCUCCAGCUCAGGUGACCUGUCCAAGGAGCUGUUUCAGCACCCAUUAGCAGAGGAGGAGGGCAGCUUGUCAGGGCACACUGCUAGCCUGCUGCACAUCAACGAGAAGAGACAACCGUUGAGCAGUGUCUCUUCUUUAGAGGUGCACUUUGACCUCUUGGAUCUCACUGAACUUACCGAUAUGUCUGACCAGGAGCUGGCUGAAGUCUUCGCUGACUCUGAUGAGGAAAACCACAAUGAGUCCCCAGCAGGUUCCCAUCACCCUGCGCUUCCCAGAGGUGGGUACAUGCGCUCCCCCUCGUGGACACGAUGCAGCAAAGUUGAGCCUCCACGAGAGAGAAAGCACCACAGUGACUCAGACACCACAGAGCCCUUAAUGAAGCUGGAAAGGCCAAAGCAACCAUGAUCUCUGACAUGAACCAACCAGCCUGCAGAGAGGAAAACAAAACCCAGAGCCAGACAUACAGCCAGAUCGGUCACACAAAGCGGACCAAGAUGCCUCGUUCUGCCACCGUGCUCUCACAUAAUCUUACAUGGUGCUGGCGAGUUCAGGCUGAACUCUGGACACUGUGCUCUCUACUCUAACUAAAGAUGCUGAGAUGUGCAAUGUGCACACUUUCUUCUCUCCCCGUCCCAUUCUCUCCCACACUCACAAACACAUGCAAUCAUUGUGUUGCUCAAGCAAAAGGUUCUUAGUGCACUCUGAGCUGCCAGAUUAUAAUCUUUGUUUAUUGGUUGACAGACAGGGUAUUAGGUCAGCAGAAUAAUAGCACUUUUAUCUGUGAAACCUCUCAGCAUGGUCUUGCACAAUGAGAUUGAUCCGGACAUAACCACAGCGUUAGGUUAGACUUCACGUGAAGCUCAGAUGACAGUGAGCUUCACUCUCAAUUACAAAGUCAUAAGAUAAAUCAUAAAUCAAACAUUUGUUUUCCUAAAUGAAACAUCACAUCGAUCUCUUAUUGAGGCUAAUUCUGUAACGCCUCAAAGUAAGUUAAGUGAAGCAGGGGAUGUUGGUUUCUGCAAGGCUCAGCUCUAUCCACCACCUUUUCUCAAUCGUAAUGAAGAAUGUGUGCUGUUGUUUUAAAUGCCUAAAUAAAAAUAAUGCACUUCUUCACUGAACUGUAUAUACAGUGCCCUGCAGAAUUAUUGGCAUUUGGUGCAGAUGAUUCACAAAGAUAAACAGACCAAGUAGCAGCUAUAUGCUAUGUACUUUUCCACACCCAACUUUGUGUUUGCAAAAUUUGCUCACUUUAUCAUUAUGAAUAGAUUAUCUGCUACAAUUGCUGCUACUAGCAUAAAGCAAUCCAAAGUUAGUAAAAAAAAAGUUACACUGAAACAUUAUGGGGUAAAACUUAAAGCAGUU